AUGCCGAAAACUAAUGCCGAAAGGUGUCGCGAUUAUCGGCAAAAAAAUAAAGAAAUCAAGGCUAAAAAGACCGCAAAAAGUUCAACGGAACGUGUUCGAGAAUUUCGUGCACGUCGAAAAGUACUAAAUAGUGAAAAAGAUUAUUGGAGUUUCAUAAUGGAAAAUCAAGCACAGCUCCUCAUAUCCGAGGAAAAGAGACGAAGAUAUGGAGAAGAUUUAAUUGAGGCACAAGCGAUGAGG